AUGGGGGGCCCCCGGGGAGGCUUGCCCGCGCGAAGAAACGCCCCGUGCGCACCACCGUUGGGCAGUUGGAAGCCGGACACGGUCGCGGGGGUGGAGAGCGGAAACGGGCAGCCGGGGGAGGGUGGGGGCGGUUGGACGGGAGUGGGGUCAGGGAUGGGGAGAAGGGAGCGUAACGAGGGGAAAGCAAAGGGCAGGGGGGGAGGAAGGGAGGGGCAGGGAGGGAAGAGGGUGAACGUACAAAGAGGGGAAACGAGGGGCAUGGAUGGUAGGAAACAAGGGCAGGGGUGCGGGAAAUCAAGGGCAGGGAGGGGAGAAGCAAUGGGUGCGGGGAGAACAAGGGAGGGGCAGAGGGGGUACAAGGUGAUCUCAGGGAGGGAAGAAACGUGGGGCAGGGAGGGGAGAAACCAAAGACAGGGGCAUGGGCAGGCGGGGGCAGGGAGGGAGCAAAGGAGAGGCACGGAGAAAGAAAGGGAGGUGCAGGGAGGGGAGAAACCGGGCGUGGGGGGGCGGAAAAUGAGGGGCAGGGCGGGGAGGAGGGAGAGGCAGGGAGGGGAGAAGCUGAGCGCACGGAGGGGGGAAAGGUGGGGCAGGGAGGUGGGAAGCCAAGGGCAAGUGGAGGAGAGUGGGGGGGCAGGGAGAGGGGGGAGGUGGGGAGCGGAGAAAGGCGGCGAGGGGCAGGGAGGGGAGAAACCAAGCAUAGGGGGGCGAGAAACGAGGGGCAGGGUGCGGAUUGAGGAGGGGCAGGGAGUGGAGUGGGUUAGCGAGGGGAAGGAAGAGGCGUGCAGCAGAGGAGGGGAGGGGGGAGGCGAAGGUAAACGAGGGGAGGGCACGGGCGGGGAGGAGCGAAUGGCGAGCGGUGGGUAA